AUGAGAGACAGCGAUUAUUUGGCGAGAUCCACAAAUACUUCUAGUACCUCUUCUAUUAUAGACCUUGUUAUUGAACCAGCGAGAAAAAAAUUUCCAUUCUGUAUCGUGUGGACUCCAAUACCUUUUCUGACAUAUUUUUUUCCAUUCAUUGGUCAUAUGGGAAUAGCAACGUCAGCUGGUGUAAUUCGUGAUUUUGCUGGACCAUAUCAUGUUUCUGAAGAUAACAUGGCGUUUGGAAAACCAACAAAAUACUGGCAAUUAGAUUAUUCACGAGCACGUGGUGGUCUAGCGGGAUGGGAUGCUGCUGUUUCAGAAGCUAGUGAUAUUUAUAAGAAAAAAAUGCACAACUUAUUUUGUGAUAAUUGCCAUUCGCAUGUAGCAACAGCUUUAAAUUUAAUGAAUUACGACAAUUCAAGUAAUUGGAACAUGGUAAAGCUAGCAUUCUUCAUGUUAAUUAAAGGAAAAUAUGUUGGCUUCUUAGGAUUUGUUAAGACGUGGUUGCCUUUUGUUAUAAUCAUAACAAUUAUAACAAUAUUUUUCAUCAUCUUUUAA